UGUUCCUAUGGUCAAGGUUCAACCCUGGAGCUUGAGGAGUGACUGAGUGAGGUGCGAGAUAAUUUGGCGCUCACACACAAACUACUAACCAACCUCUGGGCUCUGGCUCUCUUCCUUCUGCCUCUCCUCCACAGAAGAGUCAGUCAUCGCAACUCACACGAGCAACUUGACCAGCGAGUCACAGUCAGAGUCAGCGCAGGCCGCUCCCCUUCGGCUUAUCAUAUAUUCCACAGGCGCGCGAGCUAUGUCACUCACCGGGCCAGAGCCAGAGAAGCGGCAAAGCAGAGAGUCGGCGAGGACGAGACUACGAGUGGAGGAGGAGCGCGUGUGCUUUGGUUUGGAGCGAGCGAUGGUGUUCGCGUCCGGGUCCGCCGCCGGCGGGCCGCAGGUGCUGACGGCGCGGUUCGUGCGGCAGGUGGUGCAGGGCCGGUGGUUCAUGGUGUUCGCGUGCCUGCUCAUCUUGUCGGCGUCGGGCGCCACCUACAUCUUCAGCAUCUACUCCGAAGUGCUCAAGUCGACGCUGGGGUACGACCAGCGCACGCUCAACACGCUCUGCUUCUACAAGGACCUGGGCGCCAACGUGGACGUGGGCGUCAUUUCGGGCCUCAUCAACGAGGUCACGCCGCCGUGGGUGGUGCUCGCCAUGGGCGCCGCCAUGAACCUGGCGGGCUACCUCAUGAUCUACCUCGCCAUCGACGGGCGCACCGGCAGGCCCCCCGUCUGGCUCAUGUGCAUCUACAUCUGCGUGGGCGCCAACUCCCAGUCCUUCGCCAACACCGGCGCGCUCGUGACCUGCGUCAAGAACUUCCCGGAGAGCCGCGGCGUCGUGCUCGGCCUCCUCAAGGGCUUCGUCGGCCUCAGCGGCGCCAUCUUCACGCAGCUCUACCUCGCCAUCUACGGCGACGACGCCAAGUCGCUCGUGCUGCUCAUCGCCUGGCUCCCCGCCGCCGUCACCAUCCUCUUCGUCCACACCGUCCGCAUCAUGCCGUACCCGCGCGCCAGCCGACGCCGGGGCCCGUCAGCGGCAGCCACCAGCAACGACGCCUUCUUCUGCUUCCUCUACAUCUCCAUCGCGCUCGCGACCUACCUCCUCGUCAUGAUCGUGGUGCAGAAGCAGGUCAACUUCUCGCACGCCGCCUUCGCGGUCUCGGCCGCGGCGCUGCUCCUCAUCCUCUUCCUGCCGCUCGCCGUCGUCGUCAAGCAGGAGUACAAGAUCCAGAAGGAGCUGGAGGAGUCCCUCCGCGAGGACCCCACGGUGACCGUGGAGAAACCGGCCACCGCAGCUUCGCUGCAGCUGGUGGCAGCAGCAGCAGCAGCACCUGAACCAGCGGUGGCUCAGAGCAUGACUACGGGAACAGAGGCCAAGCGGUCCAGCUGCCUGGGGUCUUGCCUUCGGCACAUGUUCAGCCCGCCGGCGCAGGGGGAGGACUACACCAUCCUGCAGGCGCUGGUGAGCGUGGACAUGCUGGUGCUGUUCCUGGCCACCAUCUGCGGCGUGGGCGGCACGCUGACGGCGAUCGACAACAUGGGGCAGAUCGGGCAGUCCCUGGGAUACCCGGCCAAGAGCAUCAACACGUUCGUCUCCCUCAUCAGCAUCUGGAACUACGCCGGGCGCGUCACCGCCGGGUUCGCGUCGGAGGUGUUCCUGGCGCGGUACAAGUUCCCGCGGCCGCUCAUGCUCACGCUGGUGCUCCUGCUCUCGUGCGUCGGCCACCUCCUCAUCGCCUUCGGCGUGCCGCAGUCGCUGUACGUGGCCUCCGUGGUGAUCGGCUUCUGCUUCGGCGCGCAGUGGCCACUGCUGUUCGCCAUCAUCUCCGAGGUGUUUGGGCUCAAGUACUACUCCACGCUCUACAACUUCGGGUCCGUGGCCAGCCCCAUCGGCGCCUACGUGCUCAACGUCCGCGUCGCGGGGGCGCUCUACGACGUGGAGGCCGCCAAGCAGCACGGCGGCUCCCUGGCGGGCGGCGCAGACAAGACCUGCAUCGGCGUGCAGUGCUUCCGCAAGGCGUUCCUCAUUAUCACGGCCGCCACGGUCGCCGGCGCGCUCGUGUCGCUGGUGCUGGUGUGGCGGACCAGGAACUUCUACAGGGGCGACAUCUACGCCAAGUUCAGGGACAGCGCCGACGCGGACGCCGCCGAGGAAAGGGCGGAGGCGGAGAUCGGGUCAACGGAGGUUAACGGGAGGAAGCAGUAGGGUAGUAUAGUACAGAUAUAGAGCACGGCUCGCACUAAUGUCCAUGGCGGCCGCCGGCCGGGGCCCGGCGGUUGCGUUGACUCGGUCUAGGUCGAAGCAGCCACACACCCACACCGUCAGUCCGUCACACAGUGCUAGCUAACGCUUCUUCUGACUUUGGCAUACGUGUCAUCAUCUGUCAUCUCCCAAUCCUAGCUGUUCUUGUUCUGGAGCCCAAAUUGGAUGGCAACUGGCUGUGGAAGGCCUCAGCAGGAGCAGUCUAAUGGGUCUCUGAAAGUAGCUGUCACUGCUAACUGAAGGCGAUUAGGUGCACGUUUACUGUGUAGUCCUUUAUCAUAAAAAAACUGUUUUUUACUUCUGCUUGUACCUUUUGUGUUUUAUACUCUAUAUUUAAAUAUAAAUGAAAAUCAUUACAAUGUA